AUGGAGUUUCUCUCGCAAACAUACAUCGCGCUCAGAGGUCCAACCGGCGCACCUCAGUCGGCAUCGGAAACUAUUGCACGCCUCGCAGACCGUCUAUCGCCCUCAACCCUUCUCGGAGACCGUCGCGCAGCUGUACUCUCUCUUAAAGGUCUCUCGCGCGACCACAAGGCAGAUGUCGGCGAACGCGCUCUGCCAGGUCUGCUGGACGUCCUUCAGAAUGACGCUGAGAUUGACGCGGACAUCGGCAAGGCCGUGCUCGAGACCCUGAAUCUACUGUGCGAGGUCGACGACAGUGCCAAUGUGCAGGCGCGCGAGUUAGGCUUCAAGCACACCGAUCUCGUCCUUGCGGACGAGAAAGUCGCACACAAGCUUUUCGUGCUUCUCGCGGACAAUUCGUUCUACCUGCGUCUCUCUGCGCUCCAGUUUCUCGCUACCCUACUUCAGAACCGACGUCAGGUCGUGCAGGGGUACUUCCUGAAGGCGCCUGUGGGUCCCACAAGCUUCGUGGCCGUGCUAGAAGAGAAGCGGGAGAUUAUACGACAUGAAGCGAUCUUCGUCGUGCAGACCCUGAUCUCGCAGAGCCCGGAGAUCCAGAAGAUCCUCGCGUUCGAGGGCGCGUUUGAGCGGCUAUUCAACAUCGUCGCGAGCGAGAACGGUGUCGACGGGGGUGUCGUCGUGCAAGACGCGCUCAAGUGUAUUGACGGACUUGUGAGAUUCAACCAGUCAAAUCAGAGUUACCUCCGCAAUAGCCCGCUCCCGCCAUUGCUCUUCACUGUCCUUGGAUUUCCGCCCGCGCUUCCGCACGACACACCGCCGCCGCAGAACUUCGCGUUGCAGCUCUGGGAUGAUCCGCGGAAGCGCGCCAACGCAGCGCUCGUCGUCGGCAUCAUUGGCUUGCUCACCAAGAGCGGUGGGGGGAAUCUGCAAGACCCCCUCACGUUUGCGUGUACGCGGUGUCUGCUCGAGCUGGGACUGGCAUCGAACGCUCCGACGGCAAUCAAGACGCAGGCGCUGCGCCUCCUGCCCACUAACUUCUCGAAUUUCCCGCUUGGACAAAUGCUGACGACGCCAUACGUCCCUGUGCCCGAGACGAACGGUGAAGAAUGGGAUCGCCUCGAGCCGUCCAUUGCGCUUGACACUCUUGUCGAGCUAAUCCUACACGGUGAGUAUAACGGCAUGCUGGAAGGCGAGCGACGGUCGAAAGAAGGCGUGGAGUUGAGGGCGGCCGCGCUUGAACUUCGUGCAGCGGGAAGAGAUCGCAGAGGCAAUCGUGCAGGCCAUGGUCUCACCAUCGGGUACGAGCAGACGCUGUGCAAAAGUGUGUUAGUGCCUAAUUGCUCUGUCUUAGAGUCUGCUCCCGUGACACCUUUGCUUGACGCGCUCAUUGCAUCGCAUACGACGCCGCUACGCACCAGCUCCGUGACGUCCACUCACCUCGCCUCGCUGCUUUUUGCACAUCUCCUGCGCGCAUCGCCGCAAAACAAGACUCUCGCGCUCUCGAUUGUGCCCCCAACCGCGCCGACAUCGGCACACCCGCAGGGUAGCUUCUUCGUCCCUGCUGAUGGUGGUCCCGCACCAGCGCCGCCUGAAGAACCCGAGCUUGAGCCCGAGCAAGAGGAAUCAGAAGCGCUGAUCCAGAUCCUCAGCGAGCAUCUCUCGCUGGCGUUCCUCGCGCGGGGCAGGGCAGACACUUCGGACAAGGAGGCACGAGAGUGGGAUCGGCUACUGGUGGGGUACCUAACACUGCUCUCACAAUGGCUGUGGGAGAAUCCUCGUGCAGUGCGCGGCUUCUUGGAAGCGGGUGCCUUGGGGGUGCUGGUAGAGCCGAUCAACCAUAUGACAGACACGGAUGCCUUGAUCCCGAGUCUGUGCGCGUUUUUACUUGGUAUCUGCUACGAGUUCAACCGGGAGCCAGGCGAGAUCACAAGAUCUACUAUAUACCCGAUUUUGACGCGUCUUGGCAUUGACAUGCUCGGCGGGCGCAUCCUUCUGCUCAGAGAUGACGACCGCUUCAAAGCCAUUGGGCCGGACACUCUUGUGCUGUCCAUGCCUGCAGCACCAUCACAUCUGCACACAGGACCAGCUGUUGCUGGUAAGCUCGAAAUCGAAGAAGGCGAGAUCUGGUUCGACUGGCCGUUUAUCGACUUCUGGAAGUCCAACUACUUGAUUCCUGGCUGCCAACAGACACGGUACAGAGAGGCAUUGCCGCAGAUCCGAACGCAUUGGGUUCAUCACCAGGUGCAAACACUCAUCAUUUCUACGAUGACAUUGCAUACUCACGAUCUCAUAUCAGGACAGGGCGAUACGACGAUGUUAAUAGCAUCCCUGAAGGACGUCAUUCGUAAUCAAGCAACAGAGAUAGAUGCAUUGCGUAGCCAGCUGCAGUCCGUUUCCGUCGCACAAGCAGAAGACGAUCGCGAAGCACUCCGGGCACAGAUAUCCUCAUUAAUCACACAGCUACAGGCAGCAGAGGAGAAGCGGAGGGAUGUGGAGAAGGAGCAAGAAGACCUGCUGGUACUCCUUGACGAGCUCAACAACAAGCGUCGGAGAGAUAAGGCCCACAUGCGGAAAGCGGGCUUGGAGGUUUCAGAAGAUGAGAGCGACGAGGAUGGCGAAGACGCAGAGUAG